UUAAGCAGAGACGCAAAUAUCAAACACUAUAAAUGCGUGGAGUGAAAAAAUAUAGAGAGAAAAACUAGAGACCUUUUUUCUUCAGAGAGAGACAGACAGACAGAGACAAAGAGAGAGAGAGAGAGAGAGAGAGAGACAGAAUCAACAACAGCAACGCACAAGAUAUUUACGCACAGGGCUUCCUCCGAUCGCACGGCCCUCUGCCCAAAAUUAGGGUUUCUUUUUGGUCUGCCUUCCGUUUUAUUGAAUUGUUGUGAGGCUCAUCAGAAACGUAUGAUUGGGCGUCUCUUUGAAAGUUUGACGGUGAUGUCAGUUUUGGGAUUUGUGUUGGAUAUGCAGUGUUGAAUUCUCCGCCUGGACGGAAAGUCGUGGGUUUGGAGGUACUUCUGAUUAAGUGGGAGGUAGAACAACUUUUGGAUCUUUUAUUCUGUUGAACUAUGCCAACUUCUUGGUCUGAUUCAAUGGAGAAGGCUCCUGCAAAUGGUGGUAUAGGGGCCACUUCUCGUGCUUCUCGAUCAACUUAUGUUCCUCCACAUCUUAGGAACAGGCCUUCUUCUGCAGAAACCUCCGCAGCCCCAGUUCCCCAUGCUGGCCCGGCAUUGGGAAAUGACAUGCAGGGACAUGUUGGCCCCGCUGUAGGUGGGAGCCAUUCAGUUGGUCAUAGGAGAGACAGAAGUGGAGGCGGUGGCGGUCGUGGUGGUGGAGGUGGUUGGAAUAAUAGGAGCGGAGGUUGGGAUCGUGGAAGAGAAAGAGAGGCUAAUCCUUUUCAAGAUGAUGUAGAUACAGAACCAGCAUUCGGGGUACAAGAAAAUACAGGGAUCAAUUUUGAUGCUUAUGAGGAUAUUCCGGUGGAGACGAGUGGGAAAAAUGUCCCGCCUCCAGUGAAUACAUUUGCUGAGAUUGAUUUGGGUGAAGCUUUAAAUCUGAAUAUUAGGAGGUGCAAGUAUGUGAAGCCCACACCUGUGCAACGACAUGCCAUACCAAUAUCACUUGCUGGCCGGGAUUUGAUGGCUUGCGCCCAGACUGGCUCUGGAAAGACUGCAGCCUUUUGUUUCCCAAUAAUUAGUGGAAUCAUGACAAACAGCCAAUCUGGUCCAAGACCACCGCGUAUGCCACGCAUGGCGUUUCCGGUUGCUCUCAUUCUUUCUCCAACUAGGGAGCUUUCAAUCCAAAUUCAUGAGGAAGCUAGGAAAUUUGCAUAUCAAACUGGUGUUAGGGUAGUUGUUGCUUAUGGUGGUGCUCCAAUCAAUCUACAGCUUCGAGAACUGGAAAGAGGUGUGGACAUACUUGUUGCAACACCUGGACGGUUGGUGGAUUUGUUGGAAAGAGCAAGGGUCUCAUUGCAAAUGAUUAAGUAUUUAGCCCUAGAUGAAGCAGAUAGAAUGUUAGACAUGGGUUUUGAACCUCAAAUAAGGAGAAUUGUGCAACAAAUGGACAUGCCACCUCCGGGUGUACGGCAAACAUUGCUAUUUAGCGCUACAUUUCCAAAGGAGAUUCAGAGACUGGCUGCAGAUUUUCUAUCGAAUUAUGUCUUUCUGGCUGUUGGAAGAGUUGGUUCUAGUACUGACUUGAUUGUCCAAAGAGUUGAAUAUGUGCUUGAGACUGACAAAAGAAGUCACCUGAUGGACCUCCUUCAUGCGCAGAGAGCAAAUGGUGUUCAGGCCAAGCAAGCGCUUACACUGGUUUUUGUUGAGACAAAGAAAGGAGCUGAUUCACUUGAAAACUGGCUUUGCAUUAAUGGCUUCCCAGCCACUUCUAUUCAUGGUGACAGAACACAGCAGGAGCGAGAAUAUGCUUUGAGAUCCUUUAAAAGUGGCAAAACGCCAAUUCUGGUUGCAACUGAUGUGGCGGCUCGUGGCCUUGACAUCCCUCAUGUUGCACAUGUUGUCAACUUUGAUCUUCCAAAUGACAUUGAUGAUUAUGUCCACCGCAUUGGACGCACUGGUCGUGCAGGUAAAUCAGGGCUGGCAACUGCAUUCUUCAAUGAGAAUAAUUCCUCAUUGGCAAGGCCAUUGGCUGAUUUGAUGCAAGAAGCAAAUCAAGAGGUUCCAGCAUGGCUCUCUCGCUUUGCAGCUCGAUCCUCCUACGGGAGGAACCGUCGCGGUGGAGGUUCUGGAGGAAGAUUCGGUGGUCGUGAUUUCCGAAGAGACUCUUCCAAUAGAGGAGGUGGAAUGGACUACUACGGCAGCGGCAACAAUGUCAACGGUGGAUAUGGUGCUUCUGGAGGAUAUGGUGGAGGUUAUGGUCCUACUGUGACUAGUGCAUGGGACUAACACCCACACGAUUUUUCCCCGUCGGCACUUGAAAAUAUAUUUGAAGAAUAUGUUAGCAUAAAUUCUCACUCUAGUCAUACUCACUCACUUUGUUCAAUUGCGAAGUUUUCAGCUUUAGUAGGAAGCCCGUUUGCUCUAUCUGGGGGGUGGGUGGGUUUGGUAACUGUGGUAUGGCUAUAGAUAAUCCAGCAGAUGGUGUAUCGACAGGAUUUGUGGUAUGCUCUACUUCUCAUGUUUCUAUUUUGUCUACUAAUUCUCUCCCUAAUAUGUCAACCUUGACCUGUUGUACAGUGGCAUGAGUUGUAGAAAUUCUAUUAGUGGCAGCAUUAUAGUUGUACAUGUCAACAGUCUUAUUCGUUCCAACCUUUUGGUUGUAAAUACCUCUCAGCAGAUACACCUCAGCCAGCUCUUGAAAGAGUUAGUCAAAUAUUUUUUUAUGCUGUUGUAUAAUCCUAGGAUAUAAUAUUAUAGGUUUCUUCAGUAAAGUACAUAUACUUAGUUUUUUCUUACUUUGUGUCAGAUUUUUUUUGAGAAAGUGUUCCAUUUUUUAGGUGGACUGAAAGAGAAGAUGUGAAUUAGUUUUCUGUAUUGGUGUGUAAUGUAAAUAUGGCCUUGACUAUUAUUGAUGUUUUCACUUAGAUUUUU